UGUUGCUGAUUGGUAUCCCAGUUCGUGGGAUCUUGACUUUCUUGCCAAAUGCACUGUUGGUCAAACAGUCACUGUGAAAAUGGGUAAGCCAUACACAGGUGACCAGGUUCCGAAAGAAUCUGACUGCAGCUUUAAACCACAAGAUCUGGGAGAAUUCUUUAGAUUUCUUGCAACUAAUCGUGAUACUAAAACUUUUCAUUAUGCUGGAUAUACCCAUUUUGCAACUCUUAAUAGCACUACCCAACAAUUUCAUACUUUUGAUUGGAGUUGGGCUGGGUUGAAGGAUGUAGGUUCCUCCAAGUCUACAUUGUGGGCAGGAUCUACUGGCAGUUUCACACCUUGUCACCAGGAUUCAUAUGGUUGUAAUCUUCACGCUCAGAUUAUUGGAUGUAAAGAGUGGCUGCUGUGGCCCCCAGACUAUGAUUUGGGAGCAACGCGUUUGCCAUAUGAGGAGAGCAGUACUUUUAGCUCUGUUGAUGUUUUAGACAAAAAUUAUGCAAAAUCUGCAUUACGAAUUGUUGUGUCUCCUGGAGAGGUUAUUUUUAUUCCUAAACAUUGGUGGCACCUUGCACGCAAUUUAGAGACUUCUGUUAGUAUAAACACUUGGAUUGAACUAUCCACUGACUCUGUUGAUAGAAUUCAAGAAGCAAUAACUCGAUUAUUAGUUUGUAGUCUAAAAGGAUAUGAGUCUUCACAAGAUUGGGUAAAUCCAGGAGAAGAAAUUUCAAAACCUCAUGAAAAUGAGAUGUUUUUGAGGCAGGCUAUCAAUCAAAGUAAUCAAGCUUCUGGGUCCCCAAACAUGUCAAGAAAAGAUGGCGAAAGUGAACAGUGUUAUUUUAUAGUUGACAAAGCUGCAGCCACAUCUGAUAGCUUCAUUCAGCGUAUUCCUUUACCAAAACAUCCUUCUAGCUACAAAAAGAGUAGCCAGGAACAACCAGAUAAAUCUGUUGUUGACACUCUUAUCAAUCUAAUUGUAUGUGAUCGUGAUAUAAUGAACAAACUUAGUGAUAAACUUUUGAAUUCUAGUCUUAGAUAAUAUCAUUUUUGCAUGCACUUA